GUUGGACAUUCUUCGAGCGGUGCAUCUUCGUAGCGCAACGCGGCCCGCGGCGCUAUAAGACGGGCAUUCCGCCUACGGAAUGGCCGUUUCGCUUGCGCUGGUGAACACGCUGGCCUGCCUGGUCUUGGGGACCCAUGCCUGGUGGCUACGCACCAAAGGCUCCCAGCACUUCGCGGAUGUGUGGAGCCUCUUGACCCGCAAGGGAGAAGCGCCGACUCCACAGGCGAAGGUCAUGACUGAGAAGGCAGGCGUCAAGCUCUUCAAUGUGAUCUGCAAGGUCUGUGUGCAGUCGGCCUUGCUCGCCUGCACCCUGUCCUCCAUGAUGGCCAGCACCUGCGGUGGCGGAACGCUCCAAGUCCUGGUCAUGAUCAUCAUGUAUGGCGCUUGCAGUUUGGUCGCUACGGAUUUCGUGCCACUGACGCCCCAAAACUGCGGCAGCAUCGCUCUCUCGGGCCACGUCCUGUUGCUGAUCUCGGUGCUUUGCCCCUUCAGCUCCGACCUCGAGUUCCUGAUCAUGGGCGGCGUCCGCGCGCUGCUGCGCGCCUUGGGCGGAGUCCUCCUGCUGGAUCCCAAGAAGGUGCUGGGCUCCAACGUGGUGAUCAGCCUGGCAUCCCUGUGGAAGUUGGUUCGUGCGAGCCAGGCCUUGGGAGAGGCCUCCAGGUGCCUCCUCGUGCCGGCGGUGCUGUCGGAGCUGAUUUGCGUGGGGCAGAUUCUGCUCUUGGUGAUGCUAGUGCAGCGGUUUGUCGAGGAGAACACAGAAGUGCGACUGGAAGCAUUGGACACCAUAGGAAAGUCCCAUGCGCGGCGGAACUUGCUCUCAGUGCUGGUGGAUGCGGACAUCACCUUGGACUCCAACCUCCGAAUUUGUGGGCCCAGCAACAAGGCCCAGCACUUCUUUGCGCCCGACUUGGGGGCCAACGAGUCAGUGAAAGGCAUGAAACUUUACCGCCUCGUCGCGGAAGCUGACCGCGCCAAGCUCCGGGACUUUUUGAAUCGGGUGAGCAUCAACAGCGAGACCUGCGAAACCGUGGACAUCACCAGCGAGAGCUCGAUGUCCUUGCAGGGCGGAGGAAACCCAGCCUCGUCCAUGUCGAUCCAGAUGGGCAAGUCGGGGCGCGUGCUUCAGAUCUUCCACGCCUCCAUCCCUGUGGCCGACGCAUCGACCAAGCCCCGGCACCUCGUGGGCAUCCAGGAGCACUUCAGCGCAGCCACGCGGCCGGAGGUACAAGACAUCGCAGAGCCAGACCUGGUCAUGGACGGCUAUGACGCAGAGCAGAUGUACUUAUCAACUCAGAAUCUGGCAGAGCAGCAGAUGGGCUUUGAGGGGCGACGCCCGCCCAGCACGGGAUCCAGAGGCUCCAGAGGGUCCCAGCGAUCUGCCAGCUCGGCAUCUUCCCUGCGGUCCUCCGUGGCCGGGCUGCCAGAGGUGGGCUCCAUCUCCUUCAUCUUCAACGGCUACUCCGCAGGCCUCAGCAUCGUCGAAGCCACGCUGCGCUUCGACAACUUCGAUGACAAGACCCAGGAGCCUGCGCGCGUGCCGGAGAUGAAGCAUUGGAUCCGAUCCAAACACUGGGACCAGUUCAGGAAUUGGGUCCAGACUGAGACCCAGAGAUGUUGCGGAGGGCAGCCCGACCAGACCCGCAACUUCGAGGGCCCGCUGGAGUUCUACUAUCCUGGGCAGCCGGAAAUGACGCUGGUCGCCGGCAGCGUCACUGUCACACGCGUCCACAACGACUGGGACAGCGAGAGCGAGAACGAGGAGGCGGAGGAAGAGGCGGCUGAGGAAGACGCGCCCGUAGCGGAUGGAGAGGGUGGGUCCGGCGCACGCGUUGCACAGGCAGCCGAAGAAAGUCAAGAUGUGUUUGACAACCCCUUCAUUGACGGGGACCCGAAUGCAGAGGUGGAUGCGCUAUUGGUCGAAGUGGAGUGCAAGGCCUUCUCGCAGUACCGGAGCCUCAGCAAGCGGAAGUCCGGGCGGCGCUACGGGCACCUGCACCGCCAGAAGCCCCUGGAGCCCAGCCUGGACGCGAUCCAGGAAGGCCCCUGACUGAGUCCGGAUGGCCUGGACGGGAAAAGAGAGCUCUGGCAUGCCCUGGAGCAAGGGGCCGGGCCGGAGCCGAGGCAAGACGCAUCUCCAAAAAUGAUAGGGAGCAAGCCUUUGCGAGGGGUCCUUCUAACACCUCGCAUCCUUUAGCACGGUCACCCGCUGUUUGUUUCCUUGGGUGACCGUGCAAAACUUCCUUCUUGGAGAUGCCGUCGCGUUCCCCUUGAAAUUCCUGUUUGUCUGGAU